GCUUCUUCCUGCGCUCUCCGGAAACCGAUGAGAAACAUGGCGUCACACAGGACAGACAGAACGAAAACCGCCACAUCAAAUGCUGGAGAUGUUUCCAAAAUCGACCUUCUGCUUCACCCAGAGCUUCUUUCUCAGGAGUUCAUUCAGCUUAUGUUACGCGAGAGGAAGAUAGCAGUGGGUGAUGAAGAGGACCGCGAGCUGCUCACAGAUCUGUACCUGCGGCAUGUCAUUCCUCUCCCGCAGAGGGAUCUGCCCGGCAGCCGCUGGGGGAGGAGGAUGGAGCGAAGCCGAGCGCACAGUUCAAGAAGUGAUAGUGGCAGGAAGAGGCCGUUGAUUGUGUUUGACAGCAGCUCUACUAACACUGGCAGUGUUAAGCUGAAGAAACCUGAUCCUUCACCAGCACCUGUCACCACAGACCGACUAAAGCCCCCAGUUUCCAGCAUCAGUCUCACAAACCCCAUACGCAAGCUCUCUGGAACCUCUACAAACUCUUCCUCAAAUUCCUCUAACAGGACCCCAGUGUCAUCGCCAGGGGCCGGUCCCAAGAGCCCCUGUAAUCACUCCAAAACUGCCAAUUCCUCGGUACAUUCAAACAACACCAUGUCUAAACUAAAGCGCACGUCCCCCAGCGAUGGAGAACCCAACACUAGUAAGGACAUUAAGUCACCUGAUACAAAGAAAAAGAUUAAACAUAUCACAUGGCCAUAAUCUGUGAAGUCAUCUGGGAUGGACAGUUAACGCCACUGACGUCGUCUGCUGGGUCUCUGAGGCAAAGACUGACUCGUGAUGAGACACAAGAAUUUGAAAGAUGGGUUCUUGUCACACAUCUCAAGUUGUCACUUUCAUCUUUACUUACCAGCCUCAGGAAAGGUGACUUGUGAAAUGUGACCCUCUGGUUUAUUUCACACUAGGAAGCACUUCUGCUUUUGACUUGAUGUGUGCUGAAGGAACUGAGACAUUCCUAGCAGUUUUAUGUUAGACUGAUCAGUUUUUCACUUUUUUUAGCAAUAUGUUUAUAGAAAUAUCUUUCUUGCAAUGAACAAACUUUCCGUUGUGAGUGAAUCAUGUUGGCGAAUCAAACCCACUAAGAUGAAAAAUGGACAUGCUUUCCAUUGGUCUGCAGUGUUUUACUGGUAUAGGUGUAUUCCCAGUAACUGGAUGUGCUUGUACCGAGUGGCAUUUUGAAGAAAUCUCUUAUUUCUCCAAUAAAAUGUUUGCAUUGAUCAUUGUUUUAGAUCGGGAUAGGCCUGUCCAAGUGCUUUGGUCAUUAUCUGCUAAAUCCCUUGACAGUUUUUGUGUUUCUAGCUCCCAAAGGGCCAAAAUACAAUUGUAAUGUGUGUUGCAUCAUGCGUUGAUGUGUUUAAGUGAGAAAGCGAUAUGAAGGGUGUUUCACAUGUACGUGUUUUAGUGGUG